AGGCACUCUCCAACUUCCUUAGACAAGGAGAGUAUAACCUAUAGAAAAAAACGGUCGUCCAAUGGACCUCUCACUAAUUCAAGGCAUGUCUCUGCCCCUCUAUUUUCUCAUAACAUUCUUCUUUUUCUUCUUUGCCACCGCAAAAACGCGGAGAAGCUCUAGCACCGGCACGCUUCCACCGGGUCCUCCGACACUGCCAUUGGUUGGAAACAUAUUCCAACUCGGAUUCAAUCCUCACCGUUCGCUUGCUGCCUUUUCGAAAACAUACGGACCUCUAAUGAGUUUGAAGCUUGGAAGGUUAACCGCAGUGGUUAUAUCUUCACCAGAAGCAGCUAAAGAGGCACUUAGAACACACGACCAUGUCAUGUCCGCUCGAACCUUUAACGACCCUAUUCGAGCCUUUGAUCACCAUAAACAUUCCAUUGUCUGGAUUCCUCCCUCGGCUCGUUGGAGGUUUCUGAAGAAAACACUAACGAAAUAUUUGUUAUCACCGAAAAACCAAGAUGCUAUUCAAUCUUUAAGGAUGAGAAAGGUGGAGGAACUAGUGGGCUUAGUAAACCAAUUUCGCGAGAGAGGAGAAGCUAUUGACCUGGCUCGUGCUUCCUUCGUCACAUCUUUCAAUAUCAUCUCAAAUGCUCUGUUUUCAGUAGAUUUAGCGACGUAUGACUCUAACUCCUCGUCUUACGAAUUUCACAACACGGUUGUUCGCCUGAUGGAGAUCUCCGGUAAACCCAACGUAGGAGACUAUUUCCGGUAUAUGAGGUUUCUUGAUUUGCAAGGUAUCCGAAAAGAAGCGGUGCUCUGCAUAGAGAGAUUGUUUAGGGUUAUCCAAGAAUUCAUUGAUGCUCGGUUAGCCAAAAGAUUGUCUCAGAAAGAGACAGAGCCUAAAGAGGCUUCGAGCAUGGACAUGCUAGACUCCCUUCUGGAUCUCACACAGCAAAACGAAGCAGAAUUAACCAUGAAUGACAUCAAACACUUGCUUCUCGAUGUGUUUGUUGCUGGUACAGAUACAAACUCAAGUACAAUGGAGUGGGCAAUGACGGAGUUAUUCCGUAGCCCGGAGAAGAUGGUUAAAGCUCAGAGUGAGAUACGGCAAGUGAUUGGUGAAAACGGUGUCGUUCAAGAAUCUGAUAUCCCGAGUCUGCCUUACUUACAAGCAAUUGUGAAAGAGACUCUUCGUUUGCAUCCUGCAGCUCCUUUGAUCCCUAGAAAAUCGGAAUCCGAUGUUCAGAUUUUGGGUUUCCUCGUUCCUGAGAACACCCAGGUUUUGGUGAACGUAUGGGCUAUAGGACGAGACUCGAGCGUGUGGGAAAAUCCAAUGAAGUUCGAGCCAGAGAGAUUCUUGUUACGAGAAACCGAUCUAAAAGGCAAAGAUUUUGAGUUGAUACCAUUUGGGUCAGGAAGAAGGAUGUGUCCGGGAAUCUCGAUGGCUCUUAAGACAAUGCAUAUGGUGCUUGCCUCUCUUCUCUAUUCCUUUGACUGGAAGCUUCAAAACGGUGUCGUCCCUGAAAACAUAGACAUGAGCGAGGCUUUCGGUCUUACCUUACACAAGGCCAAACCUCUUUGUGCCGUACCCGUCAAGAAUCCUACAAUAUCGUCUUAAAUAAUCGUAUUGUGUGUCAAUAUUAAUAAUUUAAGAGAAUGAAAUUCUAAAUUAUGUUGAUUUUCAUAAAUACUAAUUUAAGUAAAAAUGUAUAAUAUUAAAGUCAAAACGGAGGAAACACAAUACAAUUUGAAAAGGUAUGUAUCGUCUCAGAGAGAUUGAUCUGCUUAGGUCAAAAAAAGAGGAAACACAAUGCAAUUUGAAAAGAUAUACGUAUAUCUUGUGAUUA